AUGAAAGAAAUCGCCGCUAAUGCAAAAAUUCGUCAAAUACGUGAUGAAUUUGCUGAGGUAGAGGAAGAGAGGCUCGUUAAACGCAAACCUUUGAAAGAAAAGUUUGAGAAUAAUAAGCGGGAACGGGAUAUGUGUAUCACAGCGGUAAAAAAUUUUAAAGCAGCAAUCGCGCAAUAUGAUGAAGAAAUCGCUCACUGUGAUAGUAAAAUAAAAAGAAAUGAAAAAUACCUGGCUCCAGUGAGCCACGAUCCGGCUUUCGCAGAAGUCAUAAAAGAACUGUGGUCGGAAGAUUCGACUGACCAAGGUUUCAAUAUGAACUCUUUGAAGUGCACAAUCCAAAAUUUUGCGCCGUGCUUCAUCGGUAAUGCACAGCAAGACGCACAAGAGUUCAUGCGCUCUCUGCUCUUGGGUUUGCACGAGGAUAUCAAUAAGGUCAUCGAGAAGUCCGAUUCUGAGUUCACAGAUAUCGUAGAAAUUGUGGAUGUCAACGAAAAGGCUUUGGAAUCGUGGUCGAGAUUCUUGAAAGUGGAGAAUUCGGAGAUAGUCAAUAAUUUCGUUGGUCUGCUUAAGUCUUCAUUGAAAUGCACGUAUCGCGGCUAUUCCUCAGUGACGUUUGAUCCCUUUUGGGAUUUGUCAUUGCCAAUACCACAGCGAACGCGCCAACUAAGUUUGUUCCAUUGCUUGGUCUCAUUUACCAGAGAGGAGUCAUUGGAUGGCGAAGACAAGCCUACUUGCUCCAAAUGCAAGGAAAGGCGAAAAUGUACAAAGUCAUUAUCUAUCCAGAGGUUUCCUGAAAUUCUUGUCUUCCAUCUGAAACGUUUCUCGCUGGAUCUGUUCGUAGAAAAACUGAACGUCACAGUUGAUUUCCCUUUAAAAAAACUGGAUAUGAGCUAUUACGCAGCCGAUGGAAGUGUACCGUUCCACUACGAUCUAUAUGCUAUUUCAAACCAUAGCGGUACCAUCAACAGUGGGAGGACCGUUUCCUUCCUGCUUCGUCUGGAGCCCCACGUGAUCAAGGAAACAUCAGAUACCUUCCUGCCAGAAGAAAAAUAA